AUACAAAAGCAUAGAGAAGACUCAACAUGGCGCACCAUGAAUACCCUCAACAGAAGAUGACAGUGGGGAUGUGGAAGGAGUGUUGGAAUACCUCUGAUGUCGACUUCCACAACCCAGAUCUUAAUGAACUGUUCCUAAAAUAUCACAAAAGAAUGCUAACAAGGCCUGGUAUGAGAAUAUUUGUGCCUCUGUGUGGAAAAGCAGUGGAGAUGAAAUGGUUGGUGGAUCAUGGAUAUAAAGUGGUGGGAUUGGAGGUAGCACCUGUUCCUUGCAAGGCAUUCUUCGAUGAGAAUCACAUUCCUUAUCAAGUCUCAGACAUUGGGGCCAUCAGAGGGGAGAAGUAUGAAAGCUUAGAUCACAAAAUUGUAAUUUACUCCUGUGAUUUUUUCCAUCUUACUGUGGACAUAUGUGGAGAAUUUGAUGGGAUAUGGGAUAGCGGUGGCCUUAAUUCUAUGGAUGUUGAAGACAGGGAGGCCUACAUUCACAGAAUCCGAACGGUGAUGGGGAAGGGGUGCGUGAACCUGACUGAAUUUGUCAACUUUGACAAGUCUAUUAGCGAUGUUCCAUGGAGCAUGACAACCGAGGACUUGAAAAAAGGCUUUGGGAAAGGAUUCAAGGUUGAGGAGUUAACAAAAGAGACAGCCUCUAAGAGAUACCAAGACCAAGGCUGUUCCUCAGUGGAGUUGUUCAUGAUCACCAGGAUCUAAAACUUGGAAGAGUUGAAACCAGAAACCAGUUUAAAUGUUGUUUUUUCUUUAAUGUUAUUUUGCUCAAGGAUUUUUUUUUUGUUUACCAUGGGAACGACUUGAUAAAGAUAUUUGAAUUAUUACAUCAGUGCCAUACUUUUAAUUCUUCUAAGAUUUUCUGAUUUAUCUGGCAGCACUCAUCAGGUGAUUACAGCAGAGAGAUUAAGAGAGACAGAUUUAUAACCAGGAUUACAAGAGGAUCAAUAAGAAGACUAGUGGCAAGCAUCUAUAGCUGUGUUAUAUAAGCAUCUCAGUGGCUAUUAGAAAAUUCAUAUUCAAUAGCAUCUUAUGAAAUUCAAAUUUUAUACAAGUUCAUAUUCAUAUGAAAUUACGUACCAUAUAAUCAAAAUAUGUUGGCUUGCUUCUUUUUACAAAAAUCAAAAUUUGGGAAGCAACAUGAUGAUUUAAUGUCGGUUGUGUUUGUGAAAUUACUUACAGUAAAAUUGUGUGACCUUUAUUUUCAUCAACAGUAUUUACCCAAUCAUUUUACUCAGGUUUUAUUUUUUUGAUUACUCUCUGGUGUUUAUGUAUUCAGUGCAAUGUUUAUCUUUGUAUUACCUUUGUAUUAAAAAUUUAUUUCAUUCAUAAAAUCCAACUGUAUUUUUUCCUUUGGGCUAAAGAGCCACAGUUUAUUAUAUUUUGCAAAUUUUUUUAAUGAACAAGCAUGAAGAACAUGCAUGGACAAAUUAAUUAGUAAUGUUGAAUGUUGUUUGCAUUUAUUUUUUGUGCUAAAGAUUAGUGCCAUAUAUAGUUAUACAUAUAUUUUUUAAUACUGUACAAUAUACAUGUAUCACAAUUCCUAUUUGCUUGUAUUGUGAAACAGAUUAAAUCACUUUUUAUUUGCGAGAACUUUAUUUUUGUGUAAUUAAGUGAGACUGUCUGAUCAUAAAAAUUUCAUUCUUGCCUAUAUUUGAUUAAAUAAUUCUUGUUUAUUAAUGAUUAUAUGUAACAAUAACUAACAUUCCUGAAAUUUUUUGUCACUUAUAAAUAUCAAAUAAUUAAAUGUCUCACAAAAAUAAGGUAUCGCAAAAAUAAGGUGAUAUAGAUACAGUAUAAAAAUGUCAAAUGUUGAAUGUGAUAUUGCAAAUAUUCAAAUA